AGAUCGAUCAAUCACUAUGAAGUUCUUCAUAGCGCUUGCUCUCUUGGGAGCGGCACUCGCCUCGACCCAUUUGGAUCGUUACAACUCCAUCGAGAGAAAUAUUCAAGAAUCCUCAUUCCGCGCCGGACGCGAGUACCGCUACCUCUUCAAUGGCCAGCUCUCUGCCGGACUUCCAGUCCCAUCUACCCCACAAGGAAUCUCACGUCUUCAAUCUCAAGUUACCCUCCAAUGGACUGAUGGAAACACCGUCCGCAUGCAACUCCAGAAGACCCGCUUCGCAACCUCUCAGCAAGAGUCCAACUCCAUGAAGAUGCUCCCAUUCGAGCGUUUCGAGGAGGUUGAGCGCAUGAACCGUGAGCACCAAGAGCUUUUGAGCAUGCCAGUUGAGUUUGAUUACGAACACGGACUUGUCAGAGAGAUCCGUUUUGCUGAGAACGAUCAGCCAUGGUCAGAGAACAUCAAGAGAGCCGUCAUCAACAUGCUUCAAGUCAACAUCCUCAAGAAGGAGAAGUACGAAGGAGCUGAGAAGAGUGACAACCAAGAACCAACUUUCUCUUUCACCAAUGUUGAGCGCACCCUCGAAGGAGAAUGCGAGGUCCUUUACACCGUUGAAGAGAUCAAGAAGGAGGAUGAGCAACGUUGGGCUAAGUCGAUCAACUUCGACAAAUGUACCCGCCGCCCAUACAUCCAUCACGUGCAGACUCCAGUGUGCAAGGAUUGCCAGCAAACUCUUGAGCAAGACAAGAUGAGCUCCACAGUUCUCAACUACAACAUCACUGGAACUUCAUCAAGCUUCCUCAUCAACUCCGUUGAACUUCGCUCCCAACACCUUUUUGCCCCAAUCUCCGAGAAGCAUCAACUUGUUUCUGCCUUCACCUUGAACACCAUGGAGCUUAUCUAUGCUGGAGAGAAGAAGACCGAGAUCAAGCAAGUCCGCAAUGAGAAGACUUCCGAGCUUGUCUACAACCAGGAAUCCGAAUGGGCUGAGCAACAAUGGGCUCAAACUGGAGAGGAGAAGUACCUUAGACAACUCCCACAAUGGACCGAGAACAAGGUCGAGAUGAUCAAAAAGAUGUUCUCUUUGAUGGCCAAGCAAAUCGAACAAGGAGAGGCUGAGCUUGAGGCUGCACACACUGUUGCCAGAAUCGUCAAGGUUCUCCGUGAGUGCAACGAGGAGCAACUCGAACAAAUCUACCGCCACGUCGCUGAGCACAAGGAUGAGAAGAUUGCUGAGCAACUUCGCUCCAUCUACUUCAACACCCUUGCUCUCGCCGGAACUCGUGUCACCAUUCAACAAUUCGUUGACAAGGUUCAAUCUCGCAAGAACAUUGCUCCACUCAAAGCCUCCGUUGCCAUCAAGACACUCGUCGACAUGCGCUACCCAUCUCUUGCUAUUGCUGAAGAUAUCGCUCGCCUUUGCGAAUCCGAUGUAUCUUCAAGCUUCCCAGCUCUUCGUCAAUCCUGCUGGCUCACCUACGGAGCUAUUGUCAAUGGAGUGUGCGGACAAACCCCAAGAGUCUUCGUCCAGAAGAAUGGAGUCAAGAUGUGCCCACGUGAUGCUAAGCAAAGAAUCGUUGACAAGCUCGUCCAACAAUUCGAAUCUGCAUCCACCCGCUACGAGAAGGUUCUUGCUUUGAAGACCCUUGCUAAUGCCGGACUUGAUCUCUCUGUCUACCCACUCGAGAAGAUCAUUCUCAACGAGCAACACGAAACCACCAUCCGCACACAAGCCAUCGAGUCAUUCCGUCGUCUUCGCACCCAGAUGCCAACAAAGAUUCAACGUGUUCUUAUGCCAGUCUACCUUAACCGUCAACAACCACAACACAUCCGCAUGUCUGCACUCCAUCAGAUCAUCUACACUCAACCAGAAUGGUCCGUCCUUUCCCAGAUCGGAAACCAACUCAGACAAGAGCGCAACCAACAAGUUCGUGCCUUCACCCUCUCCCUUCUCCGUUCUUAUGCUAACAACGAGUCUCCAUGCGAGCAGACAUUCUCUUCCCGUGUUCAAUCUCUUCUCAACAACAUCCCAUUCUCAUCCCAAGAGAUUGAUCGCUUCGAGUCUGUCUAUGGAAAAUGGUCCACCUACUCCAGACGCCACCAAUCCGGAUUCGAAGCUAACUUUGCUUCCCUCUUCACCACCGAAUCUGUUCUCCCAACCGAGAUGAUGGCUUCGAUUGAAGGAGUUCUCUCCGGAGAAUGGAACCAAUACUUCGCUCAAAUCGGAUUUACCCAGAAGAAUAUGGAGAAGAUCAUCAAGAAACUUCUCUCCAAUGUUCAAGAAAAAGGACUUGAACAAAUCGUUGUUCGCGGAAAGAGAGCUUCCGGAUCCUUCCAACCAACUGAAUUCUUGAGCAACCUUCUCGAGAAGCUUCGCAUCACCCGUCGUCAAUCAUCUGAGCAAGAUCCACAUGCCUUUGUCUACAUCAGACACCGUGAUAUGGACUACGCCUUCCUUCCAAUUGAUGCUGACUCAAUCCCAGAGGUUGUCCGCUCCAUGAUCCAAGGAGGAAGACUUGAGAUCGGAGAUAUCGAGAGAGUCCUUGCCCAAGGAAUCCACUUCUCUGCCUCCAACGCUGCUUUCCUUUACGAGACCGUCCGCAGAGUUCCAACUCCAAUGGGACUUCCAGUUCAAUUCACCUCCAAGAUGCCAACCAUCUCCUCCAUCCGCGGACAAGUAACUUUCGAGCUUGAGCCAAAGAACGGAAAGAGCUUCGACGGACUUCGCCUUCGUGUUCAAGCUGGGCCACGUGUAGCCUCCACCCACGUCCUUUCUCUUAGAGUUAUCUGCCCAAUCGCCGAGGUCGGAACCAAGUUCCUUCACCAAGCCGUCCUUAAUACUCCAGUUGACACUGAGAUCAGAAUGAACUGGGAAGACAAGGUUGUUAUCCGUGCUAUCUACAACACCCCAUCCGAGGAGAAGAGAAUCGCCAUGAUCCAAUCUCGUCCAGUCACCUUCACCCGCACUGUCGCCCCAGAUGCUCGUCAAUACCCAGAACCAAUCGAGAUGACCUACAUGCUCCCAGCCCACAAACAACUCAGCCAAUCUCUUGACCGUGAAUACCCACAAAUCCGUGUUCAAGGAACUCUCAACCGCCCAACCAGCGUGAGAAUCCCACAAUGGAUAGUUGACAGCAACGUCGAGGUCUACUACAAGCCAAAUGUUGAGCAAUACGAGGCUAUUUUUGAGCUUAACUUGUACAACAACUACAAGAUGGAGAAGAACUACGAGAAGGUAUACAAGAAGCAUAACGGAAGAAGAUAUCUUGAGGCUGAGCCAGAAUACGAUGAGGAAGAGCACCGUGAGCAGAUCACAAAGAAGUUCGAAUGGCUCCAAAACGAGAAGGUCUACCAACACGUCGCCAAGUUCGAAAUCAAGCCAGAGGUUGUCAAGAUGGAGGUUGAGGCUGUCUGCAACAAUGACUUCCACUUCUGCAAGACCCAAAUCCGCGGAGAAGAGCUUAAGGCUACAAUCCAAUACGUCUACCCACAAACCCCAAGGACUGUUGAGGAGCUCAAGGAGCAAAAGUACCGUCAACUCGUUGUUAUGGGAGAGAUGAACUACGGAGAGAACACCAUUCACAUCAACAUCAACGGACAACAAUCCCAAGAACAAAAGAAGUUCGUCAAGCAAAUUGAGCAAGCCCCAGAGCACGAGACCCUUCUCGAGGCAUCUAGACUUGACCAAUACCAAACUGUUGUUGAGUACGAGUUCGAGCCAAAGCCAGCUCAAUACUUCGCCAGAUACUGGAACAUGGUUCAAGCUUAUCUUCGCACCCAAUACCCAUGGACUUCCAGAAUCGAGACCCGUGAGGAGCCAAGCCGCAAGAACAUGAUCCGUGCCACAAUCAAUGUUGAACCACGCCAACGUCUAACUGUCAACAUGACUAUCGAGACCCCAAUGGAGACCACCGUUCUUGAGCGUGUCGAGCUUCCAUUCAGACUUCCAACUGCCCAAAUCCACUACCAGCCAAGAAACUCCCGCUACGAGCAGAAGCCAGUCAUGGAGAAGAUCGCCCAUCACGCUUCCAAGCAAGCCAACUGUGUUGUCAAGAGCACCAAGAUCAACACCUUCGACCAAGUUGCCUACCGUAACCAAUUCACCCCAUGCUACUCCGUUCUCGCCAAGGAUUGUGGAUCUGAGAAGAGCGAGCCCCGUUUCGUUGUCCUUAUGAAGAAGAUCAACGAGAAGAAGGAGUGGAAGAACGUCAAGGUUGUCUACGGAGAAAACGAGAUUGAAAUGUACAAGACUGAGGAAGGACUCAUCUGCCGUGUCAACGGAGAAGAAAUCGAGUACCAACCAGAAUCUGAGAUUGAGAAGAAGCAAUACAACAUCAUCUGGCUUAACAAGAACACACUCAAGUUCGAUUCUGAUGAUGUCACUGUUCAAUUCGAUGGAGUCAAUGCCCGUAUUCACCUUUCCGCUCUCUACAGAAACCAACAAUGCGGACUUUGCGGCCACUACGACAACGAGAAGGAAACCGAAUUCUAUGAUGCUGAGAACCAAGAGAACACCAUUCCAAAGUUCGCCAAGAGCUACUUGUACAAGGACUCCAAGUGCAACUACGAGCGUGAGAUGUUCGAGAAGGAGGAGAACUUCCAACGCAUUGAGAAAAAUCAAGAGGAGGAGAAGGACCAAGAGAUGAACUACGAGGAAUCUCGCCGCGAGCAAGACGAUGAGCCAACUGAGCAAGUCGCUAUUGUCGAGCGUCAACACGAGAUCUGCUUCACCCAGAAGCCAGUUCUUCGCUGCCAAAACGGAAAGUCACAGGAGUCCAAGAAGCAAAAGACCUCCGUCUACUGCCUCCCAUCCUCCAACUCAUGGGCUCGCCGUCAAAUGCGCGAGAUCCGCCGUGAGCCACUCGCCCAAUGGCCAGAGCACAAGCUCCGCAACCUUCGUGACCAACCACAAAUGGAGGAGCGCACCGUUCGCGUCGCCGUCGACCAGAAGUGCGACAAGUUCGACUAUUGAACUACCUCUUCUUCACAAUCAUACACAUCGUAGGACUAUCUUUGUCAAUUGAAUUGUUUUAUAGAUUUCAAUAAUAAACAAUUUCAAC